AUGUUGAGGACGGAGGAAAAGGGUCAGGUCGCGGCGGAGAGGAUAAAGGCACAAGCUCUAUCUCAGGCGAAGGGUCUCGGCAGGGCUCAAGCCGAACGCGCCGCCGCCGCCGCCGUUCGCAACGUGAAUGCCUAUGGUCAGAAAGAAGAAGGUCCCAGCAGAUGGCAGGAAAGGAAGGAAGCCAAGCGUCAGAUGUACUUAAUGAGCACGGAGAAGGCGGUGACUCUGGGGCAGAGGAAAGAUCUUAGGUCCUCCGCUGCAUCUGCGAGUGGCACUGCUGGCCAGUGCCAGAGGUGCCUCCAGGCAGGUCACUGGACGUAUGAGUGUAAGAACGAGGCACUCUACAUAUCUCGCCCCUCGAGGUCCCAGCAGCUGAAGAACCCUAGUCUCAUGAUGAAGCCCUCUACGCAUUACGAAAUGCAUAAUCCUGACGAACGAAAAAUAAAUGCGGAAAAGGGGGAUGAGAAGGGCAGGAAGAAAGGCAGUACAAAGAGCAGUAAGAAGGGCAAGAGGAAACACUCGUCAGGGCCGGAUUCGGGAAGCAGCAUCAGUGAAGCUUCAGUUUUUGAGACGGACAGUGCGUCUUCAGUUACAGAAUCAGAUUAUUCUUCAUCUGGGGGCAGUUCUAUCUCCACAUCCUCCGAUUCAGAGGAUGAAAGGAAGCGGAGAAAUAGGAGGAAGAAUAAGAAACAGAAAAGGAGACAUCGAAGGAGGAUGUCCUCCUCUGACUCUUCUGAUUCGGAAUCAGUUACAGACAAUGAUUCCGAUGACAGCCAUAGCCAAAGGAAGAGUAGAAAACACACCAAAAGGCAUUGA